AUGACUCUACAGAUCACUUCCUUGCUUGAAGAUCGGACCAGUAUAUCUCACGAUAUUACCUGCCUUGCUGCUGCUACCACUUUGGUCCCCUCAGUUCAGUACUCUUGUAAGGAUGAGCAGAUCGACCUAAACGCCGAUGAUCUUUCUAAGAGCGACAAUUUCACCAUCAUAGACAUCUCUGACAAUUUAUCCGUGGAUAAAACUACAUGUCUUUCAAAUUCCUGGCAGGUGACUCAUGUUGGGAUUGAGAAUUGGAAAUUUGAAGAUGCAGGUGCUGAAACGUCAAAGGUGGAUACAUUGAAGCUUGUUGUUCUUCACGGAACGCAGUCGGAACUUUCAAUGGAGCCCAACAGCGAAGUGGAUGAUGUUGUGCCCAGGAACGAUUUAAAAUAUACAGCACAAUUGGCAACUUUGUUCACCGAGCGCAAUAAGCAGUUGAAUGAGAUGAUCGAUCUUAAUUAA